GUGGCUUGCGAUUUCACUCCCUUUCGGAAGAGGGACUCGACAGACAAUUCAACUUAAUUUACAACACCACUCUAUCAUCGGAAGAUUCAUCUGUAUUGUACACAAUGCCGUCUCGAUCCGGCAACCACCAGAGUCGGUACGACGACCCGUACAUAUUCGACGACCCUUAUCGCCAUUCAUCCUCACCUAUAAGAAAUGCUGGCUACGAAUAUGUCGGAACCGAUGAACCGCCCAACCCUCCCAAAUCUCGUCGCGCGCCGUCUCCGGACCUUGAACCUCGCCGACGGCCGAGCCCAUCUAGAAGAUAUUCUAGAACUACUAGUCCACCACGACAUUCUAGGUACGAUAGAGCAUAUAGCCCACCCUCGAAGAGUGAUAGAAGGUCACCACCAAAAGCUUCUCGGGACGUCUCUCCACCCCGAAAUAGCAAGAAGGUACAUCGUUCAAGGCACAAUAAAGAUCAAGACUCGCCUCAGCGACCGGGUGUCAAACACUCUAAAUCUUUUGGUCAGCAGGGUCUAAAAUUUCUCGGCGAGGCUGCGGCUUUGUAUGCAGCUACACAGGCAGGUGGAAGAGGGCGUUCUCAGAGUCGCGAUGAUUCCUACCGGAGUUCACAUCAUAGUGCGGAACCAAGGCGUCAUCGUCAUCAUCACCGUCAUUCUCCUUCACCUUCACCUAGACGGCGUUCGAGAGCAUAUAGUGAUGACCCUCCGCGGAGACGUCAUAGACGCAGAUCACCAUCUGUAAGCGAUGAUUCAGAUUAUGAUCGCAACCGAGGUCGACACCAUCGUCGGUCGCGGGCGAGUUCGUAUACCGAAAGUCCAUCCCCGCGGCGUGACCGUCAUAGAAAAGCCGCGUCAACUGGAGGCAGAUCCAGAGGACACGAUAGCUCGUCCAGAGCGGCUAAAGAAGCCGCUGCGGACAGAUGGCAGAUGGCUGCGAGAGCAGCUCUUGAAGCGGGUGGUCUUACCGCCUUUAGACUACGCAAAGAGCCGGGGAAGUGGAGCGGUGAGAAGGGCGCCAAGGUAGCCACCGCAGCCUUGGGCGCAGCAGCGAUCGACGCUUUUGUCGAUAAAGAUCCACGACGCACGAAAUCGAGUGGCGUCAAAGGAUUCGCCGAGAACACGAUAAGCAGUUUGAUCGCAUCGAAGAUUAUGGGAUUUAAGGGCCCGACUACUCGUGGGGGUAGAUCUAGAUAUUAAUGGCCCAAUGAGUUGCAGGGCCAUCCAUUUCUGCCUUUUAUUUUCUGACAGACUCGGCUUUUACAUUACGAUUUAUAUCUUAUUACGAGAUUGACUACAGUGGGUUUACGAAACCCGAUAGAUUGAGUUAAGCGAGACAUGAUAGAUGA